AUGAAGUUCAAGUGGAACAGACAUGUCGCAAUACUCGCUUGGCGGUUGUUAAAAACUGAGGCGUACCCAAUUUUCAGCCUUUUCGUUAUGAUCUGCACUAAAAUUGUGCUGGCAGUGGGUCUGGCCGUGAUCUGCUACUCUACAGUUUUGUUCUGCAUCCUCUGCUGUCGCAAAAAGAAAAAAGACAUUGCACCUCUUGACAAAGAGGCCAUUUUAUUGUCUCCAUAUCCACCUGCUGUAACUUUGACUCUCUCUCAGUGCUCGCAACCCAUCAAACAGCAGUAUGAGGAGCUGGAUGGAGACGUUUUAGGCCUUCCAUUGUCUAAAAGUAGUUCGUCCACCUCUGAAGAUGACCUGUCUGCUCUGCCCUCAGAUCCAAGCCCGUCCCCUUCCCCAGCUCUGCUGCCAUGCCCUAAAUCUGUUCCAUUGAGACGCCUCAGCUCUCCAGCAAUUCCCUGUCCUCCUGAAAAGACCCCAGUCCAUGGAAGAGCCUCUCUGCCCUCUCUCACCAAACUCAGUCUCAUGUCCCGGUCAAAGCGGGCCAAGGGCAGGCGCAGCACUGUGAGUGGAGAGAACUUCCUGUGCAAUGAAAGCAGAGGUCUGCGGCCUGAUCCACAGCUAAGGGAUGAGUAUCAGUAUGGAGCCGUGUCAGGAUUCAAGCCCUCUCCCCUCCUACACUUCAGCCUGCUCUUCUCUUCAGUCCAUGGUACACUAGUGGUUAACAUCCUGGGUGUGUCUGGUACUAGUAGAAAGAGAAGCAGUUUUUAUGUGCGAGCCAGUCUCCCUCCCAUAUGUCCCUCCCCACAGCCCUUGUCCUCCCGUCGCCGCAGUUUUAGUCCAGAGCUCCAUAGCCAGAGUGUGCUUCUGCAUGUGGGUGCUGUGGAGGAGUUGUACUUCUGCAGCCUCAGACUGGCUGUCUACAGCAGAGACUUCUCCGGUCUCAGGGAGACCAUGCUGGGUCUUGUAGAGAUGCCCUGUGACCAUCUGGACUUGACACCUGACACAAGCUGCACCUUGACCCGCGAGAUCACUCCCACUAAGAGCAAGCUGAAGAAGAGUGUGAGCUCUCAGGAGACGCUGGUCCAUAGGAAUACACCAGGGUUUGUACCAAAAGUCUUGGGACAAGUGUUCAUCUUGAUGCAGUACCAGUCCCUGGCCCAGCGCAUUAAAUUGAUGGUGAGGAAAGCUGAACACCUGGCCAAGCUCACACGCAUCCCUGGAACCCCAGACCACUAUGUAGUGAUUAACAUGAGGAUGGAUGGAAAGGUGAUUGCAACAAAGGAAACCAAAGCAGUUGGUGGUCUCAACCCGAUCUGGAACGCUCCGUUUCUGUUUGACCUGCCUCCCGGAGACUUAACUCAUCUGCUGUUUGAAUUCAUAGUCAUGCAGGGUCGCCUUUACACCAAGAGCAGUGUGUUGGGCCACGUGCUCAUUGGCUGCAGUGGUCCAGACGAGGGCCAGGCUCACUGGAGGGAGAUGCUGAGCCGGGGGCAAACUGAGUUCGCUCGCUGGCACACCAUUCAGCCUGAUGACUGA